GGGCAAGGACAAUACGUAGCUGACUCCCUCAAGUGUAAUUCAUUCAAAAUUGUGGUAUGUGUGUGAGUGUGAGAGAGAGAGAGAGAGAGCAAGAGAAAGCAUAGUGGGUGGGUGUGUGUGUGUGUGUGUGUGUGUGUGUGUGUGCGUUGGUGUGUCAGACGGUAUUCCUGCUCGUCUCGCUCCUCCAGUUAAGUCAAAUCAGAGGCAGUCACUGGCACACUGCGGUGGUCUCUCACUCUCUCCCUCUCUGACCGUCCUGCUCUGAAAGCAUCAACCGCCUCCAGGUUCAGCACCCACAGGACUCGCGGAGGCCCCUCGCCCAAGGCCUGUAUCAGUCACCGCAGACGCACCCUGCUGACAGGACCCUCUCUUUGAAACGUCCUAGGAUCUGGCACUAAAAAGGAAAAUGCAGAAUAUAACUGCUGCAGAGAAGGGUGGGAUAGCUCUGACAUGCGGCAUGUCUGGAAGCCACAAGUUCAUCUUCACCCUGAUCCCCAUCGUUUAUGGCUGUAACUUUGUCAUCGGCAUUGUCGGGAACAGCAUGGUGGUGGCUGUCAUCUACUGUUACAUGAAGCUCAAGACGGUGGCCAACAUUUUUGUCCUCAACCUUGCUGUUUCGGACCUCACCUUCCUCAUCACGCUGCCCAUGUGGGCGACCUUCGCCGCCACAGGCUACCACUGGCCCUUUGGAGGCUUCCUGUGCAAGGCCAGUGCAGGGCUGGUGAUCUUCAACCUCUACACCAGCAUCUUCUUCCUCACAGCGCUCAGCAUCGACCGGUACCUCGCCAUCGUGCACCCGGUGCGAUCACGCCGGUUUCGCACCGUGGUGUAUGCACGAAUCACGUGUGUUGUGAUCUGGCUCUUUGCCUUUGUGCUAAGCGUGCCCACAGCGCUGACCCGGGAUGUCCACAACAUCACAGACUCCAACAACACAGUGUGUGGCAUUCUGCACGCAAACAUCGAAAAUGCCAUGAGGUUGAGAGAGCUCCUGCUGGCCAUCAGCCUAAUGAAAAGCUUGCUGGGCUUCCUGGUGCCCUUCAUCAUCAUCAUCACCUGUUACUGCCUCAUCGGCCGAGCGCUGCUGGGGGGGGCGAGACUCAUCCAGAAAAGCUCCCGCUCCCGGGAGGACGAGGUGCUGCGCAUGCUCGCGGCAGCUGUCCUGGCAUUCUUCCUGUGUUGGAUGCCCCACCAGGUGUUCCAUUUCAUGCAGGUGCUCACCCAGCUGACAGUGGUGGAGAACUGCGCCAUCCUGGACAUCAUCGACACCGCCAUGCCCUUCACCAUCUGCAUCGCCUACUUCAACAGCUGUGUCAACCCCAUUGUGUACGGCUUCGUGGGGCAGAACUUUCGCAAAAACCUACUGCGGCUGUUGCGCUGCUCACCAGGUGGACCCACUGGGCCUCACCCGAGCAUCAGCUCCAAGAUGAGCGCCCUGUCCUACCGUGCCUCAGAGGCGCUGAGUCUUACAUCCAAGAGCAAGGCCUCUUCUGAUGUAAAGUCAUGAAAAAAUUAAAUAUUAAAGAGGGUUCAAAUCCACUCUCCCUGGUCUUUUGGUCUGAGGUUAAGAGUCCAGAGAUGGAGACAUUCCAUGCUUUUAAAACCCCCAACUGUAUUACUAAGCACUGAACCAUGAGAAAGGCUGCAAUGUUGUAAUCAUGUCAUGUGAGUAAGUCACUCCCUUAUACAAUCUUCAGAAUAAUUAUUUAUGAACCAUCACCACACACUCGCAUGCUUGUCACGUUCAUGCAGGCAAAAAUUGUCAGUCAGUGUUGCAAAGUAAAAAAAAAAUGUGACUACUGUAUACUAACGGAGAAGUUCCCUGCUAUCGAAAAGCUAUUUGUGAUUACAGUUCGCCUUUUUCCCACUAUUUAUAUAUAAGAUAUGCUUGUGCUGCAGGAUUUUGCCAUUAUUAUUUCACCAUUAUACCUUAAGGAUGCGGUGCAGUGAUGUAUUGUUUAGUGAUAACCACCAGUUAUCAAAAAAAAGAGCCAGAGCUACAAAAAAAAUCAUAAACCAUUCAUGUUCCUCCCCACAAGAAUUACAUGGAACAAUUGGAUACGUGCAGCUAAAAUUGGACAUAAUUUUUUUAUCAGCUAUCAACACAUUUGAUUUUCACAAUUAGUGCCUGUAUGCUAUAUAGAGUUGUCAAAUGAUGUGAAAAUGUAUAAUAAGUGUUUCCAUAACUGACUGUAAUGAUGUUUCCAUGUAACACACUAUAUAAAUAAGAGUGGUACACAAAUAACUCCUUGUUGGGUGAUCAAUGUCAAUAUCUAUGGUGGUUGUAUUUGUGGUAUAUUUAAACAUGUUGAUAGAUUUUUUUCUACUCUCUAUGUGUACAGUUUGUGAAUAUAUGAAUAAAAUGAAGGAGAAAAAAAAGUA